AUGAAGACUGCUAUCCAAGAAUUCCGUCGAAUGGGUGAACGAAUGAUUGUCAUGACAGAGAAGUUGAUGCCCACACCCAAAGAAGAUGAAAAGGCAGUCGAGAAAGAUGAAAAAGAUGUGAAAAAGGAAAAAGAGGAGAAAAAGUCAUCGAAAAAAGUAAGUGAAAUUUUGAGUGAAAUUGUGUUUGAACGAACGAUUUGCAGAAAAGUUCCAUGUCUUUCGCGAGAGACAUACUGUUUAUAUCAUGGCGUUUGCGGCUUGCCAAAACACUUUCAGCAUUGUGUAACUGCGACUGAUUAA